AAAGUGAAAGUGAAAUUAAAAGCAUGGUGCUGCCGGCAGUCUGGGGCAGGGCCUGGUUCCAGCUAGUCUUUCCGAGCAUUAUGGUCUGCAGGAGACCCUUCCUUAGGGGCAGUAUGAUCCUGGGGCUUAUCUUGUGCUGCUGCAUGCUGGCUGUGCUGGCAGGGACAGUGGAAGGCCUCACACCGGUGCCUGAGCUCCGCAGGGUGGAUGUUGUCCUUGGCUGCUCCUAUGUGUGGGAAGGAGGAUUGUCAAGAGCUUUUGGUGGCUCUGAGCAUCCUGCUACCCUGGUGCUGAGGGGACUCAGCGUCACAGAUGAUGGCACCCUGGGAGAUGUAACCGACUAUGAGAUCCCACAGGCAGACCACAGCUCCUCUCCUCCCAUCAUCUUUGAAGCCUCAGAGCAACUAGUGUCCAUCCCAUACGCAGAGGCCCUGCUGCAUGUGGAUUGCAGUGGGGAGGAAGUGAGCUGUGAGCUUUCCCCAUAUAGUUUCCAGCAAGAGGGCAAUGGUCUCUGCUCUGCCUCCUGGUUCCUGGCCACCAUUCGGCUCUCCAGUGGGAUCAGCAUUGUCCUGCUGCUCAGAGGGCCCAGCUGCAGCAGCCAGAAGGAGGGACACGAUGUGACACUGCACCCAAAACUGAGGAUUCCAAUGAGCAAGGAGGGGACUCUGCUGACCACAGUGGAAUUUCAAUCAUCAUCAAACAACACUUCCCUGCGCACACGUCUUGGCAGCUCCAUCACCCUUGACUGCCACUUUGCCUUGGCUCCCAGCUUCCUACUGUCCUCCCUGGAAUGGAGGAGGCAGCACCGAGGCAGUGGUCGCAGCCUUUUCCGAUACCGUGUGGGGAAUGCAGGCCUGACAGCGCAGCCAAAAGUCCACGUAGAUGUGGAGCAGCUGCUGGGGAAUGGGGAUGCAUCGCUUACCUUGCAGGAAGCAACUGUGAAUGACGAGGGGACGUACAUCUGCUUGGUGUCCACAGCACAGCACCAAGUCCAACACAAUAUCCAGCUGCUGGUGUCUGAGCCCCCAAGAGUUCGUGUGUUUCCAACAGAAGCGUCACUCAAGAGAGAUGAGACCAUUACUCUGACCUGCAACAUUGCUGGCUACUACCCCCUGGACAUCUCGGUGAGCUGGACACAGAAGACUCCUGAGGAUGAGGUAGAAAUCAGUCCCUCAAACACACGGUUCUCCAGUCACCGGCAAAGCCAAGAUGGCACCUACAGCAUCAACUCCUACCUCAGCGUCAACUUAGCCACAGCACAGGCUCCAGCCACCUACACCUGCCAUGUUUCACAUGUGGCUCUGGAGGCGCCCAUCUCCAUCAGCACCCAUCUGAAGGCACCAGAACACACGGAAUUGGAAGGACUGGUAGGGGGGGCCAUUGCCACUGCCAUUUUCGUUUCUGUCCUCUUCAUUGUGCUCAGGAGGAAAAGAGCAGCUGAACCAAAGCCUGAGCAACUUCUAACAGCUUCAGAGUAGAAGAACUCUCAUGUCAACCACCUGCCCUCCACUAUCUAUCUUCUCUUAGAAUCAUAGAAUCAUACAGUACCCUGAGUUGGAAGGGACCUAUAAGGAUCAUUGAGUGCAGCUCCUGGCUUCACACAGGAACGUCCAAAAAUCAAAACAUACGACAGAGCACUGUCAAGAUGCUUCUUGAACUCUGGCAGCUUGAGGCCGUGUCCACUGCCCUGGGGAGCCUGUUCCACAUCCUGCUCAGGAGAGUCAGUCUUGUCCAAGUACUGACAGAGAUAAUGGUCAGUACAGAAGGGGAAGGGCUUACCCAGCUGGAGGAGCUGAGCAAUCAUUCUAGGAUGGAGUCUGAGAAGAGAGACAGGAAAGUGUGCUUUCAUCUCAGAACAGGAUUGACAGCCUCAGCUCUGCUGGGAUGCAGCAUAUAGACGAGUGUUUAUAUUACUGUACAUGUGUGAGUCUGUAUAGGUAGAUGUACAGGUAGAUGUAAAUAGUUAUACAAUGAAUUUUCAUACAUUGUAUAUAGAUACAUAGCUGUAGAUGUAUAUAGGUAUAUUUUCUUAAUCUUUAAGGUUUUAAGGAAUACGUUUACGCACAUGUGUAUGUAUGUGUUUUAACUGUAGAGCCAAGCAAAUGUGUAGGCAAAAUCAGUUAAACUUCAAACUGAGCAAGUUGCUUAUAUUGCAAGUCCAGCAGUCAGAACAAGACAAUGAAAGUUCUCCCAUGGAAAGUUACAGUAAAAUUUAAAUUAAAAUUUCAGAUGGAAGUUUACAAAUUAGAGAUCUGUGGUUCUGCUGUUGUGAAAAAUACAGACACAAAUGUUUUUUAAAAAGAAAUAUUAUUACGUAUUCAGAUUAAAUGUGGAUGUAUUGUAUUUUCAAAAUAAGGAGUGUUUUUAACGGUAAUGGUUAAGCUUAAGCAUUUUUAGAUCAACAGGCUGAGAUAAUUUACAUCUCAGCAUCAUAACAGAUUUGGCUGAGGAGGCGUCUGGUCCAAUUGACUUAGGUAUAUUAGAAUACUCGGGAAAUCCCAAGGUACUGGAAAAGCGUGUGGUGCCAGUGUUCAGAGAGAAAGCAAGACAACACACGUGACUGUUAGAUGGCCAGCAAUGUGUGCUUGCAGCCUGGAAGGCCAACUGUGUUCUGGGCUGCAUUAAAAAAAGGGGUGACCAGCAGGGAGAAGGAGGUGAUUGUCUCCCUCUACUCGGCUCUUGUGAGGCCCCAUUUGGAGUACUGCAUCCCAGUACUGCAACCGAGGCCUGGGGCCCCCAGCACAAGAAAAACAUGGAUAUCUUGGAAUGAGUCCAGAGGAGGACCAUUAAGAUGAUCAGAGGACUGGAGCACCUCUCCUAUGAGGAGAGGUUGAGGGAACUGGGCUUGUUUAGCUUGGAGAAGAGAAAGCUCUGGGGAGACCUCAUUGUAGCCUUCUAAUACUUGAAGGGAGCAUAUAAACAGGAGGGGGAAUGGCUGUUUACGAGGGUGGACAGUGAUAGGACAAGGGGGAAUGGUUUUAAACUGAGACAGGGGAGGUUUAGGUUAGGUAUUAGGAAGAAGUUUUCCACACAGAGGGUGGUGACACACUGGAACAGGUUGCCCAAGGAGGUUGUGGAUGCCCCAUCCCUGGAUGCAUUCAAGGCCAGGCUGGAUGUGGCUCUGGGCAGCCUGGUCUGGUGGUUGGCGACCCUGCACAUAGCAGGGGGGUUGAAACUCAAUGUUUCAAUGUUUGUGGUCUUUUUCAACCCAGGCCAUUCUAUGAUUCUCUAGCAACAACCAUCUACCAGAGAGUGUGAAUCUGAUAAAAGGCAUUUAGAACAUUUCUUUCCUUAUUUUUUUUUUAAGUUGUGAGAAACAUACCCAACUUAAUUCCUUGAUGAAAUAAUACAUUUGGUUGAUAAAAGUACUGGUGCAGAUUUAACAAACUGGUGAAUUUGUAAAUCAGCAUGACAUUCUGAAGAGAAAAAUAACAGUGUGUGUAUGCAUCACAGUUUGCAUUGUAUGGAUUAGUUACUGCCUAACACAUAAAUGUCAAAAGUUUGUAAUCCAAACAGCAGCAUCAAUCACUGCCAAAAAUGUGUGCCUCUGCAUAAGGGAUGGUGAGCCCAGUGCUUUUCAGUGCUAGGAGCAGGAGAUACCAUUUUAAAUUAUUGUCAGUAAAAGUUGCAAAUGGCAAGUGGAGUGAGUACUUCAGAUCUACAUGGGCCAUGGGAAGUUCAGUAAUACUCAUCUGUUCAUCCAAACAUAACCGAUCAAUUCAUGAUGCUCGGUAGUGCUGGUGGCAUUUCUUUGGGUACCGGACAUCCACAUUGUUCCCAUGCCAUUGAACCAUAAAACUCUGCUAAACCA